GCAGGCGGCUCGAGCUCGAGCUACUCUUUUCUGUGUGUGUGUGUGUGUGUGUGUGUGUGUUAUCGGUUACGACACUCUAGUGUAAACAACCAUGGCUGCCCUGCGCAGGCUUAUCCCUUUACUCACUAACAGCUUCAAAACAGGGACGUUUACGUCGCGAAAACAACAAACAUACUCGAAGGCGACAAAAGCGCUGAAAGUUAUCGCGGCUGGAGCCGCCGCGGCCGGUGCUGCUUAUUACUGCUGCUCGUUUGUCGGCAGGCGCUCCGGCUUGAAGAGCCAUGUCGAGGCUCGACUCUUUCAUCUGGCGCUGCCGUCAGUUUCUGCCACCGAUAAGGUGCGGACCUAUGGUCUGGAUGUUGGAGAUGUGUACAUGUCGUCCAAUGAAAACAGAUUUCGGCAGUUCAGUUCGGUGCAGUUUGAUGGCCAGCUCUAUAUGACACCACUCAACUUCCUCGAGUCCGUCACUUUGAAUGAACCCAAGAGUAGGAGAGCAUGGACGUCCCUCACAAAAAAGGACUUAGACAAGAUGCUGGCUGAUACGCCGCCUGUUUGGAAAGGAUCAUCUAAUUUGUUUAGAAAUCUUCGUGAACAAGGUGUCAUCAGUUACACAGAGUACCUCUUCCUGAUCUGCAUUUUAACAAAGCCUCAUGCAGGCUUCAGGAUCGCUUUUAACAUGUUUGAUGCAGAUGGGAAUGAAAUGGUGGACAAAAGGGAGUUCUUGGUGCUGGAAGAAAUCUUCCGUAAGAAAAAGGACAGAAAGGAAGUUGCUGAAGACGUGCACAGAUUAGACCUGCAGAGCCUGCAGCUGUAUGGUCAACCCAAAUCUCAGCCGCACAGUGUUCUUAAUAAAGACAGUCAGCAUGUGGAGGCCCGGGGCAUGUGGGAUGUUCUCAGACGGGGAACAAGUCAAGUUCUGUUUUCUGAUCUCGCUGAGCAUGUGGAUGAAAACACAGAGACAACGCUGCUGGUGCAUUUCUUUGGGAAAAAAGGAAAAGCAGAGUUGAAAUUUGAAGAUUUCUACGAGUUCAUGGACAACCUGCAGACAGAGGUGCUUGAGAUAGAGUUCCUCUCCUACUCCAAAGGCCUUCCCACCAUCAGCGAGGAAGACUUUGCUCGGAUCCUCCUUCGCUAUACCAACGUGGACGACGUCAGCGAGUAUUUGGAGAACAUGCACCACAGCCUGCCGGACGAAAAGGGAAUCACCUUUGAGGAGUUCAGGUCCUUCUUCCAGUUCUUAAACAACCUGGAGGAUUUUGCCAUCGCCAUGCAGAUGUACAACUUCGCCAACCGCUCCACUGGUCAAGAGGAGUUUACCCGCGCCGUCUACGUGGCUACGAGCAUCAAGCUGACCCGCCACUUGGUCAACACUGUCUUCAAAAUCUUCGACCAGGACCGCGACGGUAAACUCAGCCACAAGGAGUUCAUUGGCGUCAUGAAGGACCGGCUGCACCGCGGCGGCAGGGGCGUCAGAAUGGAGGAGAAGUUCACCUCUUUUAAGUCCUGCAUGAAGAAGCAGCUUUCAGGCAAAUAGGUGAACGUCCCACCAUCAGCGCAUGUCUUAACUACGACGAGCUGUGCCUCCUCUCUGCUCUCUGCCAGGACAGAAGGGCUAAUGCAUGUUCCAGCAUCUUAUUGUUAGACGUUUUUAAAUACACAGGAUGUGGCACAAACAGGAUGUGGUCAGCCUGAUGGGAAGCUGUUGGUCAAACAAACAGAAAUGGCCCAUUAUGAACCUAAAUCCACUUUAAUGCAGCGUUGCAGGACUCUAGGAAUAAUCCGUCUGUGUAACUGCUUGUGCCUGCUCAGAAGAUAUUGAACUAUUUAUUGAUUCAUCUACUCGUAAAUAUAUUUAUCAGUUUAAGAUUGUUAACGCUGAAUUUAUUUAUUUAUCUAAAAGUCUUAUCACUGCUCUGCUACUGUGUGUUGUUCAGUUCGAUCCUCCUUUUGUCCUGAGGCUCUGCAGCCCCGUGCACAGAUCAGUUUAGGACAGCACCUAUCUUCCUCUUCCUCCUCCUCUUCCUCUUCCUCCCCCCUCCUCCUCCUCCAUCCCAAAGCGAUGCAGCUAAAAUCCUCCAGGAACAAACCCACUCAGUCUGUGGCUUUUUCAUUUGACUGUUUAACUACAGGCAGCUAACAGUGUUAAUCAUUUCUUAGCUAGUAAAAGACAAGUGCUGUGUUCAUGUCACUGGCAGGGAUGACACCUUUAUGAAUAAAUAUGCAAAAAAGUAUUGAAGCCAUAUGUUUGUUGACACUAAUCUUAAAUUAGUUUUAGAGCAAUAUAUUGAAAUGACCUUCCCUUUAAGAGUGUAUCUUCUUUAUAGAAAUCCUCCCUUGCGACUGUACCGUGUGUUACUGAAGAGUUCUUGACGCCUGGUGUCAUGUUUGCUUUGGGUGGAGUUGAAAAGAGAUUUCAACAUGUUCCUGUAACAUUAACCAGACUAAUGUAGUUCUGUUUGGAUUAGUUAGUCUACCUCUGUGGAGAGUUUUAGAAACUCAAUAAGUCGUUCUUUUAAAUCAGGCCUUGACUGUUACACUGGUGCAUUUAUAAUGACAUGGUGCAAUAAAUAUAAUGU